AUGAAUAAUUCAAUACAUAAAAAUCCAAGUGUAGACCUAUUAAAUGAAUAUAAGGCUGCAGGUAUCCAUCAAUUUGCACUCUAUAAAGAAAAUCAAUUUAAUGACAUAUCAAAGAUUAAUAUAAACCAUAUUGAGAGCUUGCAAUACCUUAAGCCUUUUAUAAGUAAUAUAUCAAAUGGAUCACAAUAUGAUGUUGCUGCUUUAACUCAUUUAUUAUGUUUACAACAAAAUAAGAUAAGAAUUUUAGCAUUAUUAUUAAAAAGAUGUAAUCAACUAAAAUCUCAACGUUGGAAUAAUGGGUCUAAAUUAUCUGAUACUAUAAAAUCAAGAAUAUCUAAUAAUGAGAGGAUUUUUUUUGAAAAUUAUGAUACAUUAAUUAAUGAAUAUAAUCAAAGUAUUUCUGUCAAAUUAGAUAUACCUGAUUUCGAUAUAUGUUCUAAUAUUCAUUGUACAAGUAUGAAUACACAGAAUAUAUUAUGCCAAAUUAGAACAUCUGGCAAAAUAACUAGGACAUAUCUUUGUAAUUCAAAUAAAUUAGAAGCAUAUGAUAUUGAUGUAUAUUUUAAUUCAGGUUCAUUAUCAUUUUUCAAAGAUAAUGAGGUUGAUCAAUUACAACGGAAUUCUCUGAUUUUACGUUUAUCUCCUGAUAUAUAA